AUCAUCUCACUCUUCGCCCAUCUUUUAAUUAUAGAGUGCAACCACUCUGAAGACACCAGAUACGCCCACGCCAGCAGAAUGGCAGAUUCGUCGGAAGAGGAGGACUACAUGUCCAUGGCGAUCCCGGACUCGGACCCCACUUCUGCCAUCCCCGAGACCUCGCUGCAGCGGCGCCAACGCCUCAAGCGCGAGGGCGAGAUCAAGGGUCGUCCCAAAUCCAAAGAAGAAUUGGCGGAGGAUGCGAAAGCUGCGCGUGAGGACGCGUUGUCCAAGUCUCUGCUGGAGGAUGAUCCGUACUCUGGCGCGGCCAAGAAGUCAAAAGGUUUGUCGAUGAUGAAGAAGAUGGGGUUUGCUGGCGGCGCGCUCGGCGCGAAGGAUAAUGAAGGUGCGAAGACGGAACCGAUCAGACUGAACCUUAAGGAUGAUCGUGGCGGUAUUGGACUUGACGCCGAGAGGAAAAGGGCGCUCAACGAGGCUGCGGAGCGGGAAGGCGUGAAUAAGAAGCCCAAGGUCGUGGACGAGGGCGAGUUCAGAGAACGGAAUCGGAGAGAGAGGGAGAUUAAGCGCUGGGAAGGUCAGGUCUACGGUGCACAGAAGGUGUGCGAGCGCAUGGACGAAGAGCGGGACGCAGAGUUGAAGACUCAGGGUGGGAAGCUAAACGGAGAGGAAGAGGUUGACGGCAAGAAGAGAACGCUGUCUACGAGGCCGCUAAAAAGCAUUAAUCUGCUGUGGCGCGGUUUGGUAAGACAGAGAGAAGAAGCAGAUCGUGAGCGACGUAUGCGAUAUGAUCUGGAACAAAGUUUGUCACGGCUGCCGACAUAUGAGGACGAUAACGAAGACGCCGAUGAUGUCGAAGCACUAGGAAGAAGCAAGACGGCUUACGUGCCGGUAGAGGAUCUCGAGGAGGAAGACCCCGAGCUAGACGAAUUCAACGCCAUGGAACCCGACCAGAAGCUGCACAGGCUUGUGGAGUAUCUAAGAAAGGAAUAUCAAUAUUGCUUCUGGUGCAAGUGCUCCUAUCCAAGCGAAGAUAUGGAAGGGUGCCCAGGCACAACAGAGGACGAUCAUGAUUGAUCAUAUUGAUCAACACAUCCAUCAACGAAGCUAAGCAAAAACAAUGCUAGCAAUGUACAAAUAUUCCUCUACAGGUCAUCAGCAGCAUCGAAGCUUAGACUCGUGCUUUAUUCGUACAAGAAGCCUUUACCAUCCAUUUCUCAUUAUACAGAGUCUUAACGCUAAUUACAUAUCUAUAUCUGUGAGGAAUUGGCGGG